AUGGCAGCCUCACUCUCCUCCUCCGUAUCCUCCCUCCAGUCCUCCCUCCACCUCCUGGACUCGUCUAUCUCCACCCUAGACGCCGGAGUGAGCGACUUCCCCCGACUAUGCAAGGUCCUACAGACCACACGACACUUUGAACUCCUCCCCGAACCGACCCUCCGCGAGGCGCAACAGUCCCUCCUCGACGAAAUCACCCCAAGCAUCGCCCAGCUGCUCUCAUUAGCCUCCAACCACGUCGAGAAGCUGUCCCGCCGCGAACAAGGCCUGCGCGCCAAGUGCGAACUCCAAGAAGGCCGAUUAAAUUCGAACGACACGCGCCAACCAUCGAGUCGCGACCGCCCCAGCUCAAGCAAUCGACUGGGUGCGACCUCUACAACCUCGGCAGCCAAAGCGGCAGAGUUGCGACGUCUGAUUCAGAAGAAAGAGCGUCUGCAAUAUGCGGUGGAGAGACUGGAGCUGCAGAGUACACAGAGAGAGCGCCAGCUGCGGAAGAGUAUGGCUUUUCAGUGA